UUGGCAAACAUGAGUUAACUGGGCAUAAAGUUGCAGUGAAGAUCCUGAAUCGGCAGAAGAUCCGGAGCCUUGAUGUUGUAGGAAAAAUCCGCAGGGAGAUUCAGAACCUCAAACUCUUCAGACAUCCUCAUAUAAUUAAGCUGUACCAGGUCAUCAGCACGCCAACUGACAUUUUCAUGGUGAUGGAAUAUGUUUCAGGAGGAGAACUGUUUGACUAUAUCUGUAAAAAUGGAAGGCUUGAUGAGAAGGAAAGUAGACGUCUGUUCCAGCAGAUCCUUUCUGGCGUGGAUUACUGCCACAGGCAUAUGGUAGUACAUAGAGAUCUGAAGCCUGAAAAUGUGCUGCUUGAUGCACACAUGAAUGCCAAGAUAGCUGACUUUGGUCUAUCAAAUAUGAUGUCAGAUGGAGAAUUUUUAAGAACAAGCUGUGGUUCCCCUAACUAUGCUGCACCAGAAGUAAUUUCAGGAAGAUUAUAUGCAGGUCCAGAAGUAGAUAUUUGGAGCAGUGGGGUUAUUCUCUAUGCUUUGUUAUGUGGAACACUUCCAUUUGAUGAUGAUCACGUGCCAACUCUUUUUAAGAAGAUCUGUGAUGGUAUCUUUUAUACUCCUCAGUACCUGAAUCCGUCUGUAAUUAGUCUUUUGAAGCACAUGCUGCAAGUGGAUCCAAUGAAGAGAGCAACAAUCAGAGACAUUAGGGAACAUGAAUGGUUUAAGCAGGACCUUCCAAAAUACUUGUUUCCUGAAGACCCAUCGUACAGCUCUACUAUGAUUGAUGAUGAAGCCUUAAAAGAGGUGUGUGAGAAGUUUGAAUGCACUGAAGAGGAAGUGCUGAGUUGUCUAUACAGCCGAAAUCAUCAGGACCCCUUAGCAGUUGCUUACCACCUCAUUAUAGAUAACAGAAGAAUAAUGAAUGAGGCCAAAGACUUCUACUUGGCUACAAGCCCACCUGAUUCUUUCCUUGAUGAACACCACCUGUCUCGCCCUCAUCCUGAAAGAGUGCCAUUUUUAGUAGCUGAAGCACCACGUCCUCGCCACACUCUUGAUGAGCUGAAUCCACAGAAGUCAAAACACCAAGGUGUAAGAAGGGCGAAGUGGCACUUGGGAAUACGGAGUCAAAGUCGACCAAAUGAUAUCAUGGCUGAAGUUUGUCGAGCAAUUAAACAACUGGAUUAUGAAUGGAAGGUUGUAAAUCCAUACUACCUACGUGUUCGAAGGAAGAAUCCAGUCACAAGCGCAUAUUCCAAAAUGAGCCUACAGUUGUAUCAGGUGGACAGCAGGACAUACUUAUUGGACUUCCGUAGCAUUGAUGAUGAAAUUACUGAAGCGAAGUCUGGUACUGCCACUCCGCAGAGAUCGGGUUCUGUGAGCAACUAUAGGUCCUGUCAAAAAGAUUCAGAUGCUGAUGUGCAAGGAAAAUCUGCAGAUACAUCCCUUACCUCAUCAGUGAGCUCUUCGCUUGACUCUUCUACAGCUGACGUAACUCCUAGACCAGGGAGUCAUACAAUAGAAUUUUUUGAGAUGUGUGCAAAUCUUAUUAAAAUACUUGCACAGUAAUUUUGAAGAUGGGCUUAUUUCUUCUCUAGCAAUAAGCAUGCCUAAAUCAUAGACAGAUGCUUCCAAUUAUAAUCAAGUUAAAUGAACUAAGGCUCUGAAAAAGCUAGCCACAGAAAGCAAUUUGCACAGGGAUUCAAAUUAUGGGCAAUUAACAUAUGUUACUUUGAAGCUGGAGUGAAUUCUGAUUGUCUGUGGUCUGAUAGUGUAAUAAAGGUACAGGAAAUCAAAUGCACUUGAGGCAG